AUGCCAGAUCCGAGAACACCACCUCGCAAGAGGCACCGCUCGAAAGGACCUGGUAGCCCAAGGCCUCCCGCCCUUAGAAAACCAGUUCAGGGAGAGAGGGAAAGAGGGCGACCGAAAGAAAGGUCAGUCAAGGUGGAUCCAGUGCCCACCGAGAUCCCUGACAAGAAGCAGAAAGUGAAGAAGGAGAAAAAGGAAAAGGAUAAGAAAGAGGAGAAAAGUGAUAAGAAGCGUGAGGGAAGCAAGAAAAGGGCUGGAGAAAAGAAAGAAGCGAAGGGUGAAGGCAAGAGGGAAAAGAGGGAUAAGAAGGGUAAGAAGGAAAAGAAAGACAAGAAAGACAAGAAGGAAAAGAAGAAGGGAACAAAGAAGAACGUGAAGAAAGAGUCAAAGAAAAGGAGGUCGGAUGAGAAGAGUGAUGCGAAAAGAAUCAAGUACGUACCAUGUGUGAAAGAGAAGAUAGAGCACAUCUUCGAUGACAAGGGUGACUCGAGGGCUGAUGAAGGGUGCAGUGAGGCGACUACAAGAAGCAGCUCACGUGUCCGAAGCACGACGAGCAUGUCGUCCAAAGAGAAGGCUGAGCAAAAGCUCAGAGAGUUGACUGCUAUCAUGGGUGAUUCCGACCACGACGAGAGUGAGGAGGUGACUGAUGAGGAGGAGCUCUUGGCGAUGGGAGACGAGGUCAACGCAGAAGGCGCAGAAGAAGAAGACAGCGAUGAAGAAGCAGAAGAGAUGGGAAGCGAGGAGGAGGAGGAUAAGGAGGAGGAUGAGGGCAACAGCAGUGAAGAAUCCGGGGAUGAGGCGGAGGAUGACGAUGAGGGUGAAACUUCGGGAGAAUCGGAGGAAGAAAAGGAUGACAACAAAGAAGAGAAGGAACGUGAGCAGGAGGAGAAGAAGAAGUUGGAGCACGCUUUGGUCCCAGUGGUCAAAACGUCUCAAGAGAGCGUUCAAGUUAUGAGGAACUCAAUGACUAACAAAAAAGAGUGGGACACCUUCACCAGACAGGCAAAGACCAAGAUGCCCAUCGCGCUCAAUGACACCUAUCAGGCUUCGAAAACUGAACUCUUCAACAUGUGGCUCGACUCGAAUUACAGCUGGUCUGCCUGCGCUUUAGCAGUAGAACGAAAGCAUCAGGAGAGCAACACUGCAAAGAAGGGAUGGAAGGCAAUACAGGGGAAAGAGCUCAAGAAUCGCUACACUGCUGAGAAGUGGGAGCAGGUAAAGAAAAAGAGACUCGAGCAAGGGCUCUAUUACAAGGACGAUGACUUCCCAGACGACGAUGAUGAAACUUGGUACUUUGUCAAAGAAGGAGAAAGUGUCUCGAACAAGGUGGAAGUACAAGAGUCCAUGACGUUGGCCGCUCGACUGGACAUGGACGAGAACAUGAGACAAGCCAUUACCAAUGAAGAGAAUGGACUCAUGAAGGUUGGUGCUUUGCCAAAAGUCAGUGUGGCCAGCACUUCUGGCAACAAAGCCUUGAUGGAAGCGAUCGGGGACAAGGUGAGCGCCCCUGCAAAGAGAAAGCCCAAGAAAGAGGAGGAGAAACCGGAGAGUGUCACCCCAUUAACUUGGGUUGGCAAGGGGAAGAGCACCUUACCUGAAGUCUUGAAAGCGGCGGCUGACUGUCGCACUGCGUCCUUGAAGCUUGCUGGGAUGGAGUACGCCCAAGAGUUGGCUGGAAACCUUUUGAAGCAGGCUGAGGAACUGGAGAAGCACUACAAACUCCUGGCAAAGCACGUCAACAAUGAGUCCGAGAAGGAUGUCAAGCUAGUGUUGGGAACGACUUCAACCCGCUUGGCUGCAGUGGAGCAAGCGCAGGCAGCAGCCGCAGCAUUUCUGAAGAAGCCCAACCCAAAGAAGAAGGCCAAAGGCACGAAGGAUGGAAAGGAAAAGAAGUAA